UAUGUUCGACUCGAAUUUUUACAACAUGAUUUUGCAACAUUUCCACGAGAAAGACUGAGUCUAUCAGUUUCCUGUCAGGCGCCGUGGUUUUACUGGAAUUCAGGACAGGGUCAAGUCACAAUACAGAGUGUUUACACUCUUGAUUAAGCCUAUCUAGAUGAGUUAAUUUCAACAGAUGUCGGAGUAAUGUGCCAAUAAUGUAACACAAUACUUGCAGCAUUUUUCAUGUUAAAACUUGCGGUGGGAACUUGAGAUUUUAGCUUUUCUGCUUUAAAGAAGGCUGAAUCCAAAAAGUAGGAACGUCACCAGAUAGAACCAUGAAAAUUUCGAUUGAAGGGUUCCCUUUUCUGAUAUUCGUAUCAUACUUGGUGUCCGUCGUGGCCAUUUCCAGAGCAGCUGAUACUAUAAAUACAACUCAGGUUAUCAGAGAUGGUGAUACGAUUGUUUCCCCGGCCGGAAGUUUUGAACUGGGAUUUUUCAGUCCAGGCAACUCCACGAAUCGGUACGUGGGAAUAUGGUAUAAGAAUGUAACUCUCAGGACUCCGAUUUGGGUUGCCAACAGAGAAUUCCCACUGAGUAACACAUCAUCGGCGGCCUUAACGUUCAUCCAGACAGGCGAUUUGGUUCUCCAGGACGAAAAUAACGCCACCAUAUGGUCAUCUAACGUGACGAGAGCCGCACAGAAUCCUGUUGCUCAAUUAUUGGACUCGGGGAAUCUUGUUAUCCGAGAAGCAAACGAUGAUCAGCCAGGGAAUUAUCUUUGGCAGAGUUUUGAUUAUCCAACUAAUACAUUUUUACAGGCCAUGGAUUUUGGCUGGAAUUUCAUUACAGGCAUUGAGCGUUACGUUUCGUCGUGGAAGAGUAAUGAUGAUCCAGCUCGAGGAGAUUUUACCUUUCGCUUGGAUAUUACGGGAUAUCCUCAAGUGGUCAUAAAAAGGGGUGACUCUGUGCUGCACAGGCUUGGACCCUGGAAUGGCAUGCGUUUUAGCGGGACGCCUAGUGUCCGACAAAAUCCCACAUUCACAGCAGGAUUAUACAUGAACAGUUCAGUGAUAUAUUACAGAGAAGAUGCUCUUGACAGGUCAGUCGUUUCCAGGUUCUCUUUGAGUCCGAGUGGCACAGGACAACGCUUGACAUGGGUGGAACGUAGCCAAGAAUGGGUCGUUUAUUAUAACUUACCUACAGAUAUAUGUGAUAAUUAUGGAUUAUGUGGUGCACAUGGAAGUUGCAGUACUGGAACUUCUCCAGCUUGUAGCUGUUUGGACAGAUUUGUGCCUAAAGACGAACAAGCUUGGGUUGGAUCUGAUUGGUCGGGUGGGUGCUUACGAAGGACUCCCUUGAAUUGUCAGGAUGAUGUCUUUUUGCGAUAUUCCGGUAUUAAAAUGCCUGAUUCUCAGUUUACUUGGUUCAACGAAAGCUUCACUCUUGACGAAUGUGAAGCAGAGUGUUUGAGGAACUGUUCUUGUAUGGCUUACUCAAAUUUAGAUAUAAGGAGAGGAGGAAGUGGAUGCUUGCUUUGGAUUGGAGACUUGGUUGACAUCAGACUGUUAUCUGGAGAAGAACAAAUAAUUUACAUCAGAAUGGCUGCUUCUGAAUUAGAUUCCAAGGCAAAGAAGCGAAAAACACUUAUUGCGGUUUUGACAUCAACAGCAGGGAUUGUUCUACUAGGCCUGAGCCUGAUAUUGUUUAUCUGGAAGAGGAAGAAGAAUCAUCAAAACCUGAGAAAUGAAGGAGGAGGGCCCGAAGAAAGUCACAAGGAAGACUUGGAGCUGCCUAUGUUUGAUUUAUUGACAGUUACUAGAGCUACCAAUAACUUCUCGAUCAGCAACAAGCUUGGGGAAGGUGGAUUUGGACCUGUUUAUAGGGGGAUGCUGGAAGAUGGAAAGGAGAUUGCUGUUAAACGUCUGUCAAGAACUUCCACACAAGGACUUGAUGAGUUCAAGAAUGAAGUCAUCUUUAUUGCCAAGCUUCAGCAUCGAAAUCUUGUGAAGCUCCUAGGAUGCUGCAUUCAAGGAGCGGAGAAGAUGUUGAUCUACGAGUACAUGCCCCAUGGAAGUCUGGACUUGAUCCUAUUUGAUAAAACAAAAAGUAAACAGCUCGAUUGGCCUAAGCGCUUCCAUAUCAUCAAUGGUAUUGCUAGGGGACUCUUGUAUCUUCAUCAAGAUUCUCGGCUAAGGAUUAUCCAUAGGGACCUCAAAGCUAGUAACAUAUUGUUGGAUACUGAUAUGAAUCCCAAGAUAUCAGACUUCGGCAUGGCCAGAAGUUUUGGAGGGAAUGAGACUGAAGCCAACACACAACGAGUUGGAACAUAUGGGUAUAUGUCACCAGAAUAUGCCGUAGACGGCUUCUUCUCCGUCAAAUCAGAUGUAUACAGCUUUGGUGUUUUAGUGCUGGAAAUCGUGAGUGGGCAGAAAAACAGAGGAUUCCAUCACAAAAAUCACCACCACAACCUUCUCGGACAUGCAUGGAUACUACACAGAGAAAGUCGGUCCUUGGAACUGGUGGACACAAAUCUAGUGGACUCAUUUUACUUCUCUGAAGUAGUACGAUGCAUUCAUGUGGCUCUAUUGUGCGUUCAACAAAGUCCAGAAGAUAGGCCAAGCAUGUCCUCAGUGGUUUUGAUGCUGGGCAGUGGAGGUGUUUUGCCUCCACCCAAGCAGCCUGGUUUUUUUGCAGAAAGAGAUGUUCGUGCUGCUGACAAUACAAGCAGCAGCAAGAAUACAGUAAGCUCGUCCAACGAAUACACUAUUACAUUAUUAGAUGCUAGAUAGUGUUAUAUAAUACGUGACGUAUUUUUUGCACAAGCUUAAUAUUUUUCUUUGCUGUCCCCAUCCGAAUUUGAAUGCAUUUUGUAUACUAUUUUAUAUGUACAACCAUGUAAGAAAAUAUUUUGGGAGGUAUCUUAGUCAACUGUAUAUAUAUAUAUUUACAUCUGCACUAUACUUUUUGAUGUUACUGACAAUUCCAAAUACUUAUACAGAUUGUUU